AUUAGAACGUGCAUAUUCCCGUGGGAAUGACUAAAAAUAGAGAGAGUCCACAUUCUUACGAGGAGAGGAGAGGAGAGGAGAGGAGAGGAGAGAGUAUAAUCCGAUUCUUGUGAAAAAUUAUUCUAGUGGCUACCAGUUUUCGGUGGUCAAAACCAGCUGCGGCGAAUCACUGCUAUUCAGACGGCGGACUCAAUGUCUAUCUCAGCUCUCAACUCUUACCUCCCAAAGCCAUGCCCGCCGCCGCGCCCCUGUGCUCGACCGCCGCGAGCCACCUCUACCAAACACUUCUCCCACCCCCCAACACUCGCAACCCUCUCAGACCCCCACGUUCUCCGCCUAGCAGAGACUCUCGAGGACUCUAUCGCCUCCUCCUCCUCCCCUCCUCUGCCGCUCCAGAAGCUCAGGGACAUCUCCUCCCAGUCCCUCCUCACCACGCCGUGGCCUUCUAGAAAAGACGAGCCCUUUAGGUUCACCGACACUUCCUUCAUCAGGAAUUCCCAAAUUCAUCCCGUAACCCUACCGCCUACGCAGAAUUUGGACGCGCUAAGCGGUUUUUCCGAUUCAAAUUCCCCUAAUAUUGCAAUAAUUGACGGUUAUUUGGUGGAAUCGUUGUCGAAUUUAUCCGAAUUGCCCGAUGGGGUGUUUGUUGGGAGGCUAUCUGAUCUCAAUUCGAAGGGGUUGAUGGAGAAGGUGUCGAAAUACGUCUCCAAUUUUCAAGGGGACUUGUUUUGGUCUCUCAAUGGUGUGGGUGCUCCUGAUGUGGUUCUUGUGUAUGUGCCUGAGGGCUGCAAGGUUGAGAAACCGUUGCAUUUGAGAUUCUUUUCGAUGAAUAGGAGCUAUAAGGGCUCGAAAUCUCUGCCAAUUUCGAACCCGAGAGUGCUGGUUUUGGUUGAGAAAGGUGGGGAUAUUGGUAUAGUCGAGGAGUAUGUUGGUGGAGAUGGGGAUGACAGAUGUUAUUGGACGAAUUCAGUUAUGGAAGUCGUUGUUAGCGACAGGGCAAAGGUCAGCCACUCAUACAUACAAACACAGUCAUUAGGUGCUGCACAUGUUAAGUGGACGUCAGUUUGCCAGGGAUCUAGAAGUGUCUAUGAGUUAACUGAAGUCAGCACUGGUGGAAAACUGAGCCGGCACAAUGUCCAUGUGCAGCAAGAAGGGCCAGAUACUAUAACAGAGUUAUCAUCAUUUCACUUGUCAAUCGGUGAUCAGCUGCAAGACUUGCAUAGUAAGCUAGUCUUGGACCAUCCACGAGGUUUCUCACGGCAACUUCACAAGGUUAUUGUAGCACAUUCGCUAGGACAGGCUGUUUUUGAUGGAAAUGUUCAAGUCAACAGAGAAGCGCAGCAGACAGAUGCAGGACAACUUUCGAGGAGCCUCCUUUUGGAGCCUCGAGCAACUGUGAAUGUGAAACCGAACCUCCAAAUCAUUGCGGAUGAUGUUAAAUGCUCCCACGGAGCUGCAAUCAGUGAUUUGGAAGAAGACCAGCUCUUCUACUUCCAAGCACGUGGGAUUGACAAGUCUGCUGCAAGAAAAGCUCUGAUUUUUUCAUUCGCAGCUGAGGUUAUAGAACAAUUCCCUGAUGCUACUCUCCAAAAGAAGGGUUUACUUCUCUCCAUACCGUUCAAUGUGAUGAUAUUCAACAAUUCUUCAUCCAGUUAGUGGUUCUGCACAAGCUGCAAAAACUGGAUCAGAUUAUGGCAGGAUUGUUUAAGGAAAAUGAUAACAAAUUCAUUUACUUGCCUCCAUUCAACUAAGUUAUAGUAUGACUUGUCGAAUUGUGACUGAGAUUUGUGUUUCUCUCUUUUUCCUUGCAUUCAAAUCAACAGUAUAUAGGAUUAAUGAAAAUAAUGAAUAUUGGUAUUUUGGUGUGUCUAUAGAUAGGCAGGGCAGCUACUCUCUUUUUACCAACUUGAAGAACAUCUCCAUUUGUAUCUAUAAGACGCUCGAAUAAAUAAAUGAAUUCAGUUUCUCAGCA